GCCACAUCUAGACUCCUGGUGAACUACCAAGAACCUUAUCGCUCCCAGAUUUUAGAUUAUCUGUUCAAGCCAAAUUUUGGUGCUUCUCUACAUAUCCUCAAAGUAGAGAUUGGAGGUGAUGGACAAUCAACAGAUGGUACCGAACCCUCCCAUAUGCACUACGAAAAUGAUGAGAACUACUUCCGGGGCUAUGAAUGGUGGCUGAUGAAAGAAGCUAAAAAGAGGAACCCCAAAAUUAAACUGAUCGGAUUACCCUGGACGUUUCCAGCAUGGAUAGGGAAGGGUGAAAACUGGCCCUAUGACUAUCCAGAUGUCACUGCUUACUAUAUUGUUUCUUGGAUAUUAGGAGCUAAACAGUAUCAUGAUUUGGACAUUGAUUAUAUUGGGAUAUGGAAUGAAAGGGCAUUUAGUAGCAAAUAUAUUAAGGUACUUCGACAAUCUUUGGACGGACUGGGUCUAAGAAACAUUGGCAUCAUCGCUGCGGAUGGAGAUUGGAAUGUUUCAAAGGAGAUGAUAGUUGAUCCCUAUCUUAAUGAUGCUGUUGAGGUAGUCGGGGCUCACUAUCCUGGAACAAAAACAGUGCCAAAUGCCUUAUUAACUAAGAAGAAACUGUGGUCUUCAGAAGAUUACAGUACUUUCAAUGAUGAAGUAGGUGCAGGCUGCUGGGCUCGGAUCCUGAACCAAAACUACGUGAAUGGAAACAUGACCUCAACCAUUGCAUGGAACUUGGUGGCUAGUUAUUAUGAAGAGUUGCCCUUUGGUCGAUGUGGGUUAAUGACAGCGCAAGAGCCGUGGAGUGGCCACUACAAAGUAGAAGCUCCUAUCUGGAUUACAGCACACACAACGCAAUUUACUCAGCCAGGCUGGUCGUACUUGCAAGUGGAUGGACACUUAGAAGGAGGUGGCAGUUUUGUAGCUCUGACAGAUGGCCGAGGAAACCUUACCAUCAUCAUUGAAACUAUGACUCAUAAUCACUCUCAAUGUAUCAGGCCUCUGCUGCCUCAUUUCAGUGUGACACCUCAGAGAGCAACUUUCUACCUCAAAGGGUCAUUUUAUAUGGUGGAAACACUUCAAGUGUGGCAUUCUAGACUUGGUUUUGAAUCUGGAAACUCUAGUCUUUUCCAGCAACUCCAUCCUGUAAAGGUGUGGAAGGGAAGUUUUUCUUUAGAUCUAAAUGUGGAUGAAGUCUACACUUUAACCACACUCAAGACAGGGCAGAAAUGUGGUUGCCCGGAGCCUCCACCACCUCAGCCCUUUCCUUCAAAUUACAAAGAUGAUUUCAAUAUUCGUAAUCCACCUUUCAGUGAAGCUCCAAAUUUUGCAGAUCAGACAGGUGUAUUUGAAUACUUCAUAAAUGCUUCUGACCCAGGAGAUCAUGUGUUCACACUCCGCCAGGUUGUCGUUCAGCGACCCAUCACUUGGGCUUCUGAUGCAGACCAGACCAUCAGUCUCAUAGGAAAUUUUCAGUGGGUAAACAUGACAGUCACUUGUGACAUCUACAUAGAAAAACAACGUGAUGGGGGCGUGUUUGUUGCAGGAAGAGUUGACAAUGGUGGGAUAUAUGUUCGACGUACCAAAGGAGUUUUCUUCUGGGUUUUUGCAGAUGGCACUUACAGAGUCACUGGUGACCUUGCCGGAGAAGAAAUAUUAAUGAAAGGACUUUCUGGUGUCCGGGAUAAUGCGUGGCACACGCUUACUCUCAACGUUCAGGGCACUUCUGCCUCAGGACUGUUAAAUGGUUAUCCACUCUGGGAGAAUGUCACCAUUUCUAAACCAAGUAAUGGCUGGGCUGCUAUUGGAACUCGCUCGUUUGAGUUUGCACAGUUUGACAACUUUCACGUUGAAGCUAGCUGA